AUGAAAAGACCACAAAAAUCAAAGAAAAGGGUUUGCAAGAAACAAUGGAUGAAAGAAUGGUGGGAAAGAGAGUUUCCGAAAUGGUUGACACAUUACUGUAGUGAUCAUCAAAUACUUUUGGUGGGUGAUGGCGAUUUCUCAUUCUCCCUUUCCCUCGCUAAAGCUUUUGCUUCUGCUUCCAACAUCGUUGCUUCUUCUCUCGACACAUAUGACGAGGUUAUCAAGAAGUACAAGAAUGCUAAGUCAAAUCUAGAAGAAUUGCAGAAGCUGGGAGCAUACUUGUUACAUGGAGUUGAUGCUACACGAAUGAAGCUUCAUCCUGAUUUAAAAAUGCGAAGGUUUGAUCGCAUUAUAUUCAACUUUCCUCAUGCUGGCUUUUACGGGAAAGAAAAGAACUUGAUGAUGAUCAAGAUGCAUGUGGAUCUUGUGUUUGGAUUCUUCAAGAAUGCAAGUCACAUGCUUAGGGAAAAUGGCGAAGUUCAUGUCAAUCACAAAACUACUCCUCCUUUUGAUACCUGGAACAUAGAGAAGCUCGCAGAGCAAAACUUUCUGAUGAUGAUCGAGUGUGCUGAUUUCAAGCAAGAAGAUUAUCCAGGUUAUAACAAUAAGAGAGGUCAUAGAUCUCGAUGUGAUGACCCGUUUCCUCUUGGUAAGUGCAGCACUUUCAAGUUUAUAAACAAUCCUAGAAGUAUGAAAGACCAUUUGAGGAGAAAUCAUAUGGAGGUUUCUAGGCAGCAAGAGAUUCACAACAUGGGGCGAAUUCCAGCUCCAGUUGAUCGCAACUAUCAUCCUCAAACAGUUCUUGUUCAAAAACCGAAUCAACUUGAUUACUACUCUCAGACAAGUAUCUUUCCAAAAACAGAUCAAGUCGAUCAUUAUUCUCAGACAAAUCUCUUUCCAAAAAGAAAUGAACCAAUGAGAUCAAAAUUUGACUUGAGAAAUGGAUACCUUACAAUCACAAACAAUAUGAAAGAAAUACAUGGAAGAGUUGCUUCUUCUGCUGACUAUUAUUGUUGUGCUCGCAAUACGACACACAACACUCAAAGAUUGUUACAACCACCAAUGGAGGCAAGUUACAACCGAUUUUCACAACAGUGGCCGAAACCAACUAUAGCUAGAAGAAUGGAUGUUGCUCCCUCCAUUCCACUUGGUCCUAGAAAUGAUGGCUACCACCAAUAUCAACAAGUAUUAGAAAGUCAGAGGUCAAGUGAUUGUUAUGAUAUAGCAAGACAUGACUUGGAGAGGUACAAUGCUGAAGUUUCUAGGAGAGAUUUUAGAAGAGAAAUCUAUGUAAUACAAUGA